CCUCGCUUCUCCUUCGACGAACUCGAACACACCGAUUUGGCUUUGGAGUUUCUGCUCACUCGCCUGCUUUGACGCCUAUUCGGUCGGAUCUUUACCAACCCGAUCGUUCUCGACUGUCCUCCAACUCCAUUGCCCUUCACUGCACCCCAAUUUCACUCGAGCUCCCCUAAUCGUUUUCUUCUCUUCCCUCUCCUCUCUCGCCUCUUCGCUCCAUCUCUCACCCACUUCUCUGACAUUAGAACGACUCAAUCUUGUCUCUCUUGUCUCACUCAACGGACUCUUUCCUCAGUAUCACGUCGAACAUAAACAUAAAAGCUCCCUCUCCGUCUCACAAUUCACAUUAUCAAUCCUUCAACAACCGACCCUCGCAAAAAUGGUCGUCAAGUGGACUAAUGACAAGGACUCGUUCAUCCUGAACCACAUCCUUACCGAUGCAAGCAUCAAGAUUGACACCAAUGUGAUCGAUGCUAUGAUCGCCACCUGGCCCGAGUCUUUCGGCGACAAGCCCACCAGAAAGGCCUUUACCGAGCACUUCUCCAAGGUCCGCAAGAACAACAAAGGCCUUGCCUCGGGCACCGGUACUCCCGCUCCUUCCACCCCUCGCGGCACGGCCACCAAGAAGAAGACUCCCGCCAGCAAGACCCCCUCCAAGCGCAAGAAGGCCACCAUCACCUCUGACUCCGACGGCGAGGACGAUGACGAGGCCCCUCGCACCAAGACCCCGGCUAAGCGCAAGAAGACCGUUGCCUCCGCCUCUGACGAAGACGAUAUCGAUGAGGAGAUUGCUGAGCUCGGCGUCAAGGUCAAGCCCGAGCCCGAAGACGAUGAGAGCCCUUCCAAGAAGCCUCGUCGUGCUGCCAGUGCUGCCAGGUAUACCGAGAGUGAUGCUGAGCUUAGCCACUCCAGCGACGCUGAGGAGUACAGGGAGGCCGAGAAUGAAGCCGAGGCUUGAGGAGUGGUUUCAGAGACUGCCCGGAUCUGCUCUCUUUAUUAUGCACGAGAGACGGAUAUGGUAAAAAGGACAAGGCGAACUUGAUUGUACUAUAGAAGAAACAUAGCAGAGACAGCACUGUUCAUUGCACAGGUCCAUCGGAAGCUCAGAGGACUGUCUCUAGGUAUCAAAAACAUCGGCU